AUGUACUAUGCAGAGCAAGCAGCUGAGCAAGGACCAAGGAGCAAGCCCAGCCAGAUGAAGGCUAUUGACUUCGCUUUCCGUUCUGUAACUGCGGGGCUGGGAGUGGCAACUAUUGCUUUGGGGGCGGGCCUGAUUGUCAACGUCAUCAGUGGCCUCUCAUACCACGCUGCAGUUCCAAAGCCUGAACAGAAGCUGAACGAGCAGGAGCGGUCCUAAGCUCGAUAAAGUCCUGUGGCCGUUGAUCAGCUCCCGUAAAAGCGAAAAAGAGAGGCACAAUGGCAGGGGGCGGGAUG